AGUGUGACCGCCGCCGUUGGGGACACCAUCGCCUUCCAAUUCCAAUCGAAGAACCACACCGUCACGCAGUCGACGUUCGCGAACCCGUGCGAGCAGAUGACGACGCCGACGAUGGGCAUCGACUCGGGCUACGCGCCCGUGCCCGCCAACACCACCGCCUUCCCGCAGUGGAGCUUCACCAUGACCAACGCCAGCGCCCCGCUCUGGUUCUACUGCAAGCAGACCGGUCACUGCCAGAAGGGCAUGGUGUUCGCCGUGAACCCGACGGCGGACAAGAGCUUCGAGAAGUUCCAGGCG